AUGGCGGCAGUUUCAAACUGCUUGAUCAAGUUCGGCUUGAUCCUCUGCAUCCUAGUCUACCUCGAGUCAACAUGCCUUUUCGUGCUCGCGAGGAGUCCUUUAGUUCCAGAUCGUGAAGCCGCUGAGCGAAACUACAUCCACAUAUUCAACUCGAUUCAAGCUGCUGGGAGACAAUGGGGUUCGGCGAUAUAUCACAAUGGUCUGAGCUUUUUCCCCGUGGUUAUGCCAAUGGGCACCCUGUUGUAUCAUGGAUCCCAGAGCCGUGACCUUCCACCAGGUCCGGAAUGGAUGGCUUUCGAAGUCGAGCAUGCUGAAGCUUUUGCAUUUUCUGCAAAGAAAAAGAACGGGGAAGACGACGACCAAAGCGAUGUCACGGCCCGACAUUCCUUAGAUCAAAAACCAAUUACACUACCGAUAAACCAACCCAAGGGCAGCUCUACUUACUUCAGAGGAUAUCUCCACACUUACAGGGCAAAUAGAGAUUUAAACAUACUCUACGUGGACGGUAUGAGUGCCGGAAAAUCGUUCAUGGGAACCCUGGAUACUCAAGACUUGGUUCUCCGCGAAAAUAACACUUCGGAAACAUGGGGCCCAUUUAUGGACGAAAUAGAACGAGCUGAGAGCAUCUGCCAGCUGUUGACUCAGCUAAAAUAUGAUGGCCUCAUGCGAAUGGAGAUGGGGUUUGAGCUUAUUUAUUGCGACUUCGCCAAUGGUGUUGAUCGGAUCAUGAUGACACGGUCUGCGAUACACGACGAAAAGUCGUUUGAAUCGAACAUGAACCCUUUUCAGUGGGCUAGAGCUGCCGCUGAGCGAUACGAUGGUAUUGGAGGCGAUAGAGCAAGGCUUGACUUCUCAUCUAUGGUUUCAGCAUACUUCUUUCCUGUCAAUAUCUCAAACACUGAUCCGGACCGGCCAGAUCUCCACCGCCUCGCUAAUGCCAAUCUGGAAGACCUGAAGGACAUCAAUAGACACCUUCAAGGUAUUCUGAAAGCCCCUCGAAGGUUCAAGGUAAAUUGGCAGGCGGUUGUAGACAUGAUCGUUGCGAGAUAUUCCCAUAGAUUGGCGCUUCUUGCUUCACCAGAGCAGCCACUUGAAGUGUUCUCGAACGAGUUAGAAAUUGCGACUCAAGCAUAUGUCAACGCACCACCUCGCAACGGUGACAUAAGCGUUCAAGAGAACCCGGACGCCAAUCUCACCACUGAUGCGCUUUUAGCUUGUAAGCAGCAUUAUCUGUUGCCAACGUAUCUCGAUCGAGAUUCUUCCUGGGGCUUGGAGGAUCACCUCAUUCAUGCAGCGAUAUACAGAGUCACGACUCAUAUAUGCGACACGUUUUUCAAUGCCAGAGCAAUCAUGGUUGAUGACCACGAUGAUCACAACCGGAGUCUUGGAGGGCUGGCGAACCACGAUAAAAGGCUCGAUAAGUUAACCGCCGCCAGGCAUUUGUUCGUCACCCUGAAACAGACGUUGGCUUGGUCAACUUGGCGGAAACCGGAAAUUUGUGCAGCCGACGAACUACUUCUGACCGUGAUGUGGCCGUUGGGAACCAGUGAUGACUACUGGAAACCUGGUUGUCGCACUUAUGAUCAAGUCAAUUUCGCAAGACAUGGAUACUGGAAACCAGAUUUUGAGAUAUAUUGA